GGAAGCGUGUGAGGGAGAGAAUCGGGGAAGAUGAAGACGCUGGUGGCACCUUCGACUCUUCGAUGCUCAAUCUCCUCAGCAACUUCACGAAUUCAUGAUCUUGAUCGAUUAUUGAUUUACAAAAAUGGCCGAAUUAGUAGCAGUUGUGGAAUCACUCCACCACUCCUUUCUCACUCCAGAUCCUCCUACAUCUUCUCUGCAACCUCCACCAGUCGCCGCCGUCCUCCUAUCUCCGCCAUGGCUUCAUCCACUCAAGCUCCUUCGCAGAGUGCUUCAUCCGGUGAUGCUACUGCUGAUGUCUUUGAACUCAUUAAAGCUCAUCAGGAAAGGGCUGCUAGACUGCCUCCCAUUGAAGAGGUCAAGACUAUCCUUCAUCAUGGCAUGCGUGGUGUCCUUUCCACUUUUUCCCAGAAGCACGAUGGUUAUCCAUCAGGAUCAAUGGUUGAUUUUGCAUGUGAUGCCUAUGGAUCUCCCAUAUUAGCAGUCAGCAGUUUGGCAGUUCAUACCAAGGACCUCCUAGCUAAUUCUAAAUGCUCAUUGCUUGUGGCAAAAGAUCCGGAGGAUAGGACAGAUUUAGUUAUAAUCGUACAUGGUGAUGCUGUUUCUGUUCCUAAUGAGGAUACAGACAUUAUACGCACUGCAUACUUGGCAAGGCAUCCUGAUGCAUUCUGGGUUGACUUUGGUGACUUCCAAUUUCUGCGCAUUGAACCAAAAGUUGUGCGAUUUGUUUCUGGUGUUGCUACCGCUUUAUUAGGAUCAGGAGAGUUCACAAAGGAGGAGUUCAGAGCAGCGAAGGUGGAUCCAAUCUCUCAAUUUUCUAAGCCUGUUACGUCUCACAUGAAUAAAGACCAUUCAGAUGAUACAAAACUCAUGGUUCAGCACUCGACAUCAGUUCCGGUGGACUUUGCACACAUGCUGGAUAUGGAUAGCCUUGGGUUCAAUGUAAAGGCUGGGUAUCAAGGGAGGAGCUUUAAGCUUCGGAUUCCAUUCCCUAGGCAAGCAGAAGACAGAAAGGAUGUGAAGACACUCAUUGUUGAAAUGCUUCAAGCUGCCAAAUCUUCAGUCAGUUGAUCACAAUAACUACAUAAAAGAAUCGUGGCGAAGGUUUCUACCUGGAAGUUGUGGAUUAUUUGAUUGAUACAAACUAAAACUAAUUAAUGGGUGUAACAUGGUCAUGUAUGAUGUAAAAAAUGUACCAUGUUUUAUUUAAACUCUUUUCUUACUAAUUUUCUAUAAGGCUAUAACAACAUUAACAUGAU